UUCCUCCUCAAUUUCUUUUUCGUAGAAUACUCUCUUAUCUGAUAUGCGAUUUCUUUCUUUUUCUCGUUCUCCUUCUCCCUCAUUCGUUUUCCUUCGUUUCGGUUGCCAUUGCGGCCACCUCCUUAAAUGGCUCUACGUCCGCAACAUCGUCCGCAUCCUCACGUCCGCAACAUCGCUCGCGUCCCCAGCGAUGACCUCGACCCUAGCCUCGCUCCGCUCUUACCUAAGCCAAGUAGCGGUUACGGCGAAGUCGAAAAUGAAGAAGGAAGAACUCUAGCCUUGGUGCAGCGCCGGAUCCAUGGCAAGGCCGACGGAGAUGGCAACGUUCUUAGUCCCGUUCUUUAUCACGACAAACUCGCAAGGACAUUCAACUCACACGGAUUCGUGAAGUUUCGCAACCUCGCAAACAUUUCAAGGCCGAACAGGAAUAAGAAGAGGAAGAAGAGGAAGGAGGGGAUGGAAGUGGAAGAUAGUGUUGGUAUGAGGAAGCUGCUUGGAGAAGAAUUUGUCAGUAGCAAGUGGAGGGGCUCAACGAGGUUGCUACUUCUGGACGAACGCUUCGCGGGUCGCAGUGUGGAGGAGUUGCCUGAGGCAAUUAAGGUCAUGUUUGUUGUUUCAGUAAUCACUCUUUCUACUCUAUGAGUUUUUAUGACCAGUUUUACCUGUUUGGUGUUCUUUAUUCAACUUCAAAUUGUGAAUAAAAUAAAAUGGUCAUUCCAAUUUUAUUGUUGCAACUCGAGGUUUUAGCAGGGAACCACUCUCUUGUGAUUACAGUAGUUAAGAAUGGACUUCGCUUUCAGGUUGACUUAGCAACAGUCUAUGCUCUUAUUUCCAUCCCUGA